CACUGGUGACGCAGCAUGUGACUAAAGUGGGAAGGACACCUCUGGUUAAUUUACAAGUUGUCAACCGCCGUUGGGCUAGAGUCCCAGCCCCAGAACAUCAGUAGCACUUGGCGCGCUCUGUUUCAAAGGAUUGGAAAUUGCCGGAAGGAUGUGCGAAAAACUGUACAAACGAAAACUGAAUUUGUUUCUUUGAUUCCACAUGUAGUUCAAAGUUGGCAGAAAAUCAUGGAAAACCAUGCGGAAAAAGACGGCUUUUUAGGAUCAACGACGAACACGCUACCUUGUAAUGACUGCAACGCUACGAGUGGCUGGAACCAGGCAAUUCUAUAAAAAUAGAAUAUUCUUCCGUCUUGGCUAUUCAUUCUUUACAGCCAUUUAUAUAUAUAUUUUGUUUGUACCACGAGGAGACGGGUUUCGAGUCGUAUCCACCAGAUCUCGAUGGCGUCCGGCAGUUUAUUCAUUUGGCUUGUGCUGGGAUCGGAUCUCCCCUCAAUGUUAUGGUAGCCAACGUGAUUAUUAGACAGCGCCGAUUGCGAAAUCCUCGCAAUACCUUCUGGCUUGGUGUCAUUUUCUGUAACCUGCUGGCUCUGGCCAAUGCAAUAAUUGAGUUCGUGGCUUUCGUGUUGAUGAGCGCACAAGCAUGCCUCAUCUUCCGUAUUACCGCUGGAAUUCCGUAUACUCUGAUACUAGUCAACCUAUUACUGGCCACACUGGAUCGAUGGGUUGCUUUAACUUAUCCGCUUUUCCAUCGAGAAACCGUGAACGUGAAACUUGUUGUACUCGUUCAAUUGUUUUUUUGUACGCUCGUUAUAUUGUUGUCUACUCUACCUUACUGGACCGAAAUGAUUCCCUUGAAUGGGUGCGGUGUUGACCCAAAAGUUCUCGAGUGGACAACCGUCGUCUUCUUGAGCUUAACGUUACUUACCAUAAUGGCCCAAGUGCAGAUCUACUUCAAGGCCAGGAGUUGUUUGAGGAAAGAUCUUACGAGGCACAUUUCCAAUCACCAACAGAAUCGCAUAAACCGGCUGGAAGUUGAAGCGACUGUGACACUGGCGUGUGGGGUCAUGUCUCUGUGCUUUUUCAGCUUGCCAUUUUCGAUCGUGUGCAUGGGUGACUGGAUUUGUCGAGAUCAUCAAAUCGCUACUGUUCAACCACGUCAAUGGUGUUCGUUUGCGCAGUCUGCUUUGCCGUACCUUCGUGAACUGUUAUUAGUGCAUAGUGUUUACAGCCCAAUCAUGUACAUGAUUCGUAGUCGGGAAUUCUCCCAAGCGUUUCGAUCGACCAUUUCUUGUUCGGAGAGCCACAAGAAAUGA